GGCGCCAUCCGGAUUCUGGUGGCCUCGCUCCGCUCUGGCUUCUUCCUUCAGACAGCACAGAGCUAGUAUGCAGGUGCAGCCCGCGCAUGGCUCGGGAAGGCAACUAGAGCUGCGCGAUGCGGCCGCCAACGAGGCCCGGCGGGGCGCCGGCGGGCCAGGCCGGCCGUAGGCUCGGCCCCGGCGUCCUGAGGCUGCUGCAGGCGCCGGCGGUGGUGGCGCUGGCGGCGGCGCUGGCGGUCUCGGCGCCCGCUCCCGCGGCUCCGGGUCCAGCAGGGGCGUCGGAGCCGCUCUGCAACCUCCCGCCGACGCUGUCCGGCGAGGAGGGCGGGCGGCAGGGGGAGACCAACAGGAUCCGGCACCCCAAGUCGGACCGCGCGGCGCGCUGCACCUCCAAGUGCGUCAGCACCUGCGUCCUCGGCGGCUACGGCGCGCCGGGCGUCGCCGGGCCCUUCAACAUCCGGAGUUUCUUUGUUGGCAUGGGUGGUGGACGGACGCGUGCCCGCAGGCCCCUGGUGGUGUUCAAGGACACUUUCCGCAGCCGGCAGUACUGCCUGGUCGAGUGUUCAGACAUCUGCAAUCUGCUCAAGGACGGCGAAGAUGACCAGUGAGAUCGAUGGAUACAGCAAGACCAGCUCUCUCUUGCACUCCAUGGCGUGCCCUGACUGGGUUAGGCCGGCAACGGAGGCCCUGGCAGGGCGGUCCGUGCUCCCGAUUGCCCGCUCCACACAGCAUUCCAAGGGUGGAAAUGCCAUGCGAGGCAGAGCUUUUAGCUAGAUGGAACAUGGAAGAAGAUAGCAUAGCUACUGUAGAACUCGACUCACCGCUAUUCACUUGCUCUCUGUAACAGAUAGCUUAAGUGAGCUAUCAAGGAAAGUUAUGCAGGAGCAGAAGCAGCCAUGAUUUCAAUAUUCACUGUUACUUGAUGCUGUUGCUGUGUAAAUCUGAUUGCCUGGUGAAAUACAGGGGAGUGACGGAUUCACAUGA